CCGCAUUGUGAAUGAAAGUGAAACAGGUUAGAGAUCAUCAAUCAUUAAUCUGGCUAGUGGCUAGGGGGAAUCAUACCUAAGUGAGUUCCCAACCUGUAAUUAGAUUAACUUUAACUGUAGUUUGCUAGAGUAGUUUUAGUUCUUUCAUCUUAAUCUGAUUUGCUAAAUAAUAAACUGAAGCUGAGUAAUAGUAACUCUAGAGACCCGUGGAUUCGAUAUUUUUCACUUGAGCCACUAUACUGCAGUCCCUUUCAUUGGUUACACUUGGCCUUUGUUAGGUGUUGUGUUUUAGAGCAUCAAGUUUUUUGGCGCCGUUGCCGGGGACUUUCUAGAGUAUUAGGAAAGGCAGAAGUUUGUUACUUUAGCAUUUUUCUUUUCUUUUCCACCCUUGCUUUUCACUUGGGUGUUUUUGUUUUUGUUGGUGCAGAUCUGAAUCAUGGAUCCUAAUGGCUUCUCCAAUCAUUGGGGGUAUCCACCACCACCUGAGUGGUAUUACCCCAAGACUCCCUGGAGCAAUCAAGGAAGAGAAGACUAUGGAUUCGGGUUCCAGUACCAACCCCCUUACUACGGAGAACAACCGGAUCCCUGGGCAUAUCAAGAACAACCUCAUUACCAAGAAGAAUUUUUCCCACAACCAGAGGGGCCAUUGGAGCUGGAGUUACCCAUGGCGGCCUUCACGGGCCAUUCUGCAGAGCCAUGCUACACUCCACAGCCAGAUCCACACUAUGAAUUGAGACUUCUCAUGGAGCAGUUUGCUCGAGACUGUGAUAGAACAUGCUCCAGGAUGGAUCAUUGUGUCCAGGCCUAUCGUGAAACAGAGGAGAUCCUCCUGAGCCUUAAGAAGAGCGUCGAUGAUCUUGAGCGAUCUUGGGCACAGCCUGCUCCAGAUCACCCUUCUGCUACCAUACAAGAAGAGGAGGAGGAAGAAGAAGGCUACAAGGACAUUGUGGAGCACACUGAAGUUGUCACGGAGAGCUCCCGUGAUGAUCAUGAUCAGGAGUGUCCUGUCGUAGCCGACCACACCUUCCCACACCCCAAACUGCGCUUUGAAGAGGCGGGCAUGAGUGAGGAGCUGCAAGAAGAUCUCAUGAAAGAAAUUGCUUGGCAACUUGCUCUCCAAUCCGUGCUAGAAGAAGAAGAGCAACAAAGGGUGCAGAAAGAAGUUGUGGAGGAUGACGAAAGUGAAGCAGGAGGAGUUCUUGAUCAUUUCCCAGGGGUGAUACCACAUGAAGAAGAAAGGGGGGUCGAAGAAGAAAUUGGCGUCCAGGCUGAGGACGGAGUUAAGGUGGAAGAGGCCUGCACCGGCCAUGAGUUACAUGUGAUAUCUCCACCAAACUUCGAGGAACUGCUUAGCAAGGACCCAUUUGCAGUGUCUCUUUGCCAGACCAAGGCCACCUCGACAUCGGUCCCUCUUGGUGGACGCGAUGGUGGCCAAUCGAUGCUGUCAUAUCUGGUUUGGGGCAAUGAGACGAGAGAAGAGAAGGACAGGUCUCGAGGGUGGAGACUUCAUCUGCAUCAAGUACAUGAGCCUUCAUCACCUGCCACACCACAUGCUCGUGACUUGAGACUCCACCUCAUCGACGAGAACCUCAACUUCAAGGAGGUUCUAGCAUGGACCGAAACUUAGGAUCCAUCGUCCGGCUCACGACGUGAAAGAAGCGCUUGUUGGGAGGCAACCCAACCAGUCGGUUUGCAUUUCUGUCUCUAUUUCUCCUCGGUUGAGUCAGUUUUGCUAUUUGAUUUUAGAGUCAAUAACUCAACCUUUGUGAGAUUUUGUGUGGUGUUUGUGUUCUGAUUACUCUCUCUUUCUGGAUGGCACCGCCUGACCCGUUCAUCAUCAUUCACCCUUGAUCUGGUAACUUCGUUCUACCCUCCUUAUCUUUGCUCCAUUGAGGACAAUGUCGUGCUUAAGUGUGGGGGGAUGUUCGAUUAUGUAUGCGGGUGAAUGUUUGGUUGUUUGUGUGCUUGGAGCCUAGUCCACUGUCCAAAUUUUUAAAUUUGAGGGCUCCAAGUACGUGUUCCUUGCAAUUGCCUGCUCAGUAUGCUUUGAAUUGACAGUCUCUAUAGUAAUAUGCAACCUAGGGAGGUGGUGUAGCACUAUGGAGGAUGUUGAUGCAUUUAGGAAAUCUCAUUUCUUCUUCAUAUUGUGUUGGUUGAUUGAGUGAAUUAGUAAUCUUAGGACCCUUGAAUUGUGUGGUGUUGUGGAUUCUCUGCCUGUCAUGGACUCUUGUAUCAUAUUUUAAGUUUAACAGGUGCUCGAAAAUCCGCUUCAAAAUAACGUCUCCCGUGCGAAUAGGGCGAAAGUGUGUAAGGGGAGACGGGAAUCCGUUCCCAAUUUCCACCUACUACCUCCAGCCCCCUUACAUGUCUUUCCCCCGCACGAGGCUUGAGACAUCCGCUCCUGGCAUGGCCGGUAAGAGCAGGUUGGGAACCUUGGAAAAAAAAAGAAGAAAAGAAAAAAUAACAGAAAACAAGCAAAACAGAAAGAAAAGGGGUUCGAACCAUCUUCAAGAAGAAAAAAAGAGAGCACCUUGAAAAAUGUGAGUCCAUGAUCUUUUGUUUUUGAGAAUCUCUUCAUCCACAAUUCAUUUGUCCUCUGUUCACUAUUUGCCAUGAUGCCGACUCGAUACUAGUGCUCUCGCCGAAGAAGCUAUGAGAUGACUUGUGCGUUGGUUGACCUCGUAAGUUGCUAAAUGAUCUAGGAAGUCCUCUACCUACGAUCUGGGUUGUUUGUUGCUAUAGAGGUCUGGAGAGCUGCAUUGGUUUGAGUUAGGUUUGCUUGGGGACAAGAAAACGGUUAAGUGUGG